UUGCAAUAAUAAAAUAUAAGAAAAAUAAUUGCAUAUUUCCAUUAAAAAGGCUUACGUAUUGAGUGAUUUAUUGAUUAAUGUGUCCUUGUUAUAUUAAAAUGAAAGCAAUACAUGGUAUUUUCUGACAGUUUAAAAUGAAAAAUUGAUUUCGCAUUUUCAAAGAUGUCUGCGCGGCCGCACUUUGCGGUGGUUGACCAGGCCGUGAACACGAUGAUGCAGGUGCAGGAAUACAUCAACGUUGGUAUGCUAACCACCAUCGAUGUCACACAGGACUUUGUGGAGAAUGAUAAAGAAAACAACGAAGCACAGAUAAAAUCGCUGAAAAAUAUUAUGUUGGACUACAUUGGGAUGGAACGAGAUUUAAAGCAGUUUCUAGAAGCUGUUGACCACACCAAAAAACAGGCUGUCAAAGACGGAGACGUGGCGGGUCUCGAACACCGGGUAGAGGAAAGACUGCGAGAUCUCGUGAAGAAAAACAGCGACGCUGAUCUUCGACAACACGAAAAGUUUAUAAACCUGGAGGAGAAAAUCUGGGAAUGUCAGCACCCAGACGACAACUUGCUGCCACAACAGACGCCGAUGUCGUCGUGCGAUGACGAUGGUGAUGAGGACAUACAGGUGACCCAGCAGGCUGUGGCGACGAAGUGUCCGUACACAGGACAGGACAUGGUCCACCCGGUCACAAACAGACACUGCGGACACAACUACGACCGGGACGGAAUCAACGAAUACAUCAAGCGACGCGGGAAACGGGCAAAAUGCCCUGUAACAGGGUGUGCAAACACAGUGCCCAUUGAAGCUGCUGAUUUGGAGGAUAACAAGGAAUUAAAGAGAUACAUUGAGAAAAUGAACAGACAGUCUGGAAAAAGACAAAAAAGAGUGUUAAUAUCAUGAUAUGUUUUGUUCUACACAAAAACUCUGGAACCAGACUGUUCUUUCAGGGUUCACCCUGAUUUGUUUUAGCCAGGUUGUUCAUAAUCUUUAAAAAGUAGGCAGCUGUUUGAGAAAAGUAGCCAGCUGUGUCUACUGAGAGCAUUUAGGUGUAUAACUGUAAGCAUAAAAAGUGGGUGAUGAAGUCCUUAAGGUCUUGAUCCAUUCAGCUAAUUGA